AAUAGAAAAGCGAGCAAAACGGAAAAACUUUUCGCUUUUCCUUCUCGCAUAUGGCGCACGUCGUCCAAGUGAGACGGUUGUUAAUUGUAAUCGCUCUUUCAGAAAGGCGAUUAUUUUGGAUUUCCUCGAGUCGACCGUAAAGAUGCAUCUGCGAAUACCGUCGAACAUCUUCACCUUUCGUGUUUCUCCGGCGGGCAAUGCGGCCUGGGCACUGGGUCAUCGAUAGUGCGGGAAAGACCCUUAUAUAGGCUGCAGCCCGCUACCGGCACUGCCAUGGGUUGUCCUCUUUAAAAACACACCUGGGACAGAUCCAACCGGGCCCUACUGUCUUCAGGGAUGGCCUCGACCAAGCUGCCGGAGCAGAAGGUGAUCCUGUGCGGCGAGUAUGGCGUGGGCAAGAGCUCUCUCUUCCGGAGGUUCACCACAAACUCCUUUGUGGCGAGCAGCGACCGCAGCUCCACGCUGGGCCUCGACCAUUACGACAAGGUUUACAAGGUGGCCGGCAGGGACCUCAAGCUGCAGCUGUGGGACACGGGGGGCAUGGAGCGGGUGGCCUCCAUCACGUCCAGCUACUACAAGUUUGCUGAAGCGGCCGUGCUGGUGUUCAGCUUCGACAAUCCAGACUCCUUCAACAUCCUCUCUCAGCACCUGCUGGACAUUGUGAGCUAUGCCGAGAACGCAAAGAUCUUCCUGUGCGGCAACAAGGUGGACCUGGCCGGCCGCAUCUACGUCUCGGAGCAGGACAUCGAGGCCUUCUGCGAGCAGUGCCACAACCUCAUCAGUGGCGUCUACCGCACCUCCUGCAAGACGGGGCAGGGUGUCGAGGAGAUGUUCACAGACAUUGCCCGCCAGCUGGUCAUGUCCUGCCGUGUCAAGGACAUGGAUGACGUGGCUAAGGACUCCUUCAAGGUCACCCAGCAGGAGGACGUCCAGGAGUCGUGUAGUUGCUAGGCCUGAAGGGGUUGCCCCCGCUCGAAGCAUCGUGGCAGGCGGGUGUCCGUGUCGUUGCAGAUGGGUAUCUUGAGCCCGUUGCAGACUGAAGUCUCCAUGCCAUUGCAGGCGAAGUCUGUAAUUGCAGACGGGUGUCUGCGCCAUUGGAGACGAGUGUUUAUGCCGACCGAGCAUUGCACGUUUGUAACCUUAAAAAGGUGUUGCUUUUUUCUUCUUUUUUUUUUUAAGAAAACAUUAAGACCACUAUUAAUCUCACAUAGUUAAAUGACGUAGUUGCAUUUAAGGGUUAAAUCCUAGAAAAUAAUUUUUUUUUAAUAACAAUUUGAAAGUAAUUAUAACGAGGACUGUGUGUAAUCCUCGAUAUACUUACGAGGGCUCCUGCUUUUUUCUAAAGAAAACAUUUAGAGAAGUUGUUACCAAUUUUACAUAUAGGUAGUUCAAUAUUAUAGUUCCCUCUGAGGAUUAAAAUAAAAUGAUUUUGGGAAGUUUAUCAGUCAAGUAGAGAAUUAGGAAGUGCAAUUAUAACGAGGACCACCGUAUAUGGUGCUCGGUAUAAUCGUAACAAGGGCUAAUUUUUUUAUGUUUUCAGUCUUUACAUACUUUGUUUGUAACUGUUCCGAGCAGCGUUCCUCACUUGCACAGCUGUGGGCACGUGAGGAAGCAGCACAAGAACACAAAUAAUAAAGCAAGAAAACACUAGGCAAUUUUUAAAGCUGCACAUAUUCUACUUAGUGAUGCAGCUAUAAGGCAGCAUGUUGCCUCUAAUGUGCCAGAGGUGUGGGAAGUGUGUCACUGCAUCGUGCUUUCAUUUCUUUGUAUGUUUGCCAUCUUAUCAUUGCUCUCCCUACAGCCUGCCUAGCCUUCCAACUACUGUGCAGCUCAUAGUUUUAUGGACUACUGCAUAGAGCGGCGCAGUGAAAUCUGCACGUGGCACAAUUGCUGCGAACGGCCCUCCGAACUCUCUUCCCUUUUGCAUUCAUUCAACGUUGAGUGAGCUACGGGUCCAGCAACAGUGUGAUGGUCACACUUGUGACCAGUGAGGAAGUUGUGAUAGAAAGCGGAAGUGCCAAACUCGCCAGUGAAAGGCAGCACCUUUAUUCGUUGCUUGGAAGACUGCCCCUCUCUGGAAGACUGCACAAAGACGAUGUCUUGGCAGAACUGAGAGAACAUUCGAGGCGUGCCUCUGAGGGCAGCUCUGUGACACAUUGUGUGUUCUACAGCCUGGCUCAUGGCCAAAGUAGUGUGUUGUUUUCAUUUUGCUAAUAAAGCUUUACAGAGCAUCGCUGAA